AUGCCUCAUAAAAACGGCUCAACAGUCAUUGAACAUUAUAACAACGGAGAUCACACCAAUGGCAAUCACACCAAUGGACACCAUACGAAAGGCACCCAGUCCAACGGCCAUGUGCCGUCCACAUCGAACGUGAGCGUGGACACGAUUGCCAUUACACCCAAUGCACCAGACGCUGUUCCGGCUCUUAUCGACCAGAUCGCAUCCCACAAAUCCAUCUCUCUGGAGGAUUCACAAGAAAGACUAAGACUGCGAGAUGCUGCGAGAUCCUUAGCGAAUGCGCUGGAGACCCCGCGAGAAACGAUUGUUAGACAGUGCUGGACUACAGCUACUCUGCACGCUGCUAUUGAAACAGCUCUAGCUAUAGGUGUGUUCAGCGAGUUAUCUCGGGACAAACCCAAGUCUGUCGCAGAGCUUGCGGUGACUACACAAAGUGAUCCGGUCUUGUUGUCGCGCAUCAUGAAGCAUCUGGCAUCUAUGACCGUAAUCACUGAAGCGGGACCGGACGAGUACAUCGCAACGAAUCUCUCGAUCACACUGAGUGUGGAGCGAUAUGGAGAUGCUUUCCCUGCCCUCUCAGGUUGGUUAUACCCAGGUAUCUACGCUAUCCCAGCCUUCCUUAAACAAAACGGAUUCCGCAAUCCAACCGAUCCCACCAAGUCCCCAUAUCAGCUGGGACAGCGUGUCGACGAACACUUCUUCGAAUUGGUACAAAAGAACCCGACCCUUGCCAAACAAUUCGGCAAUCACAUGUCGGCGUACCAUCAGGGACGACCGAGCUGGAUGGACAAGGGCUUCUAUCCAGUCCAGGAGCGGUUAAUUGAGGGUACUGAGCUGAGCGAGAAGGACGUCUUCUUGGUUGAUGUGGGUGGUAGCACCGGGCACGAUGUGUCUGAAUUCCGUCGCAAGUGGCCGGAAGUGCCUGGGCGUCUUGUGGUGCAGGAUCUCCCUCAGGUUAUAGAAACUGUGAAGGACGUGCAUGUGUCCAUUGACCCAAUGGCGCAUAAUUUCUUUACGGAACAGCCGGUGAAAGGGGCACGGGUGUACUUUAUGCAUUCGGUUCUACAUGACUGGCCUGAUGAUGUGUGCGGUCAGAUCCUGUCCAACCUUAUCCCAGCCAUGAAACCGGGGUACAGUAAGCUGUUGAUCAACGAGUAUGUUGUCCCCAGUCUCGACGCGCAUUUCGAGACGACAAGCCUUGACAUGAUCAUGAUGUCAAUUGCCUCCGGGGAACGGACGGAGAAGCACUGGACUACGUUGAUUGAAUCGGCGGGGUUGAAAGUAGUCAAGAUCUGGACGGUGGAAAAGGGAGUGGAGAGCUUGAUAGAGUGCGAAUUGGCGUGA